AUGAAAAUAUUCGAACUUUGAAUGAAAAUUAAAAUGUAGUUUCGCCACUAACAAAAUUAAAAAUAUGUUAAUUACAUAUUUUUUUCAAAUUAAACAGUUGAAUAUAAUUGUAAACAAUCAAUAUUUGAUUUAGAAAAGUUAACAUUAAGUCAAAGUUAAUUAAUAAUUGAACUUCCAAGCCAACUUCGCGUCACAGUUUCUUUUUAUUAUUAAUUUAUUGUAGACUAUUUAGAAUGUCUCUAGAUCCGCGAAAGUAUUUACUAAAAGAUUUAAUCAACAAACCGCCACCGAUAGAUGUGUGGUUACAAGGCACCAUCGAACAAACGGUAGGAGCAGAUAUUUUAAUAAUAUCCGACUCAACAGGACGAGCAAAAAUUACGAAAUGCGAAACAGCACACGGCAUUAUUGAUAAAAGUUCACUAAGAAAAGGAACAUACUGCUGCAUAAUUGGAACUGCUGUAUCGACAAAGAAGUUGCCUGAAGUUCAAGCUAGCAAGUUCAUAGACUUAACUGAGCAACUUCAUAUGAAACUGGCAUGGGAGACUGAAGUUAAAGAAGCAAACUUAUUUCUCGAAGGGAAACUGAUACCAAAUGUUUAACCUGUUAUUUGCCUCUAUAUGAGACAAUAACAAAUUAUAUUAUUAUUGUCUUGCCUCAAUCAAUGUUCCAACAGACCAAUGGUUAAGUAAAUAAAACAAGUGUUUUUAUAAAA